CUUGUUUGUUGAUAAAGAAAGCAGCUGAUUUGCAAAUAAAAACUCUAAAAUAUAAAAUACGCCUUUUUCUUUAAUAAAUUUUCAUUUAAUUGAACAAAAUAAUUUCAAAACAAAUACUUAAAGACAUUCUCUAGCCAUGGGUAAUCAAUUAGUUGGUAUAGCACCAUCACAAAUCUUCCCUGUUGAGCAUUACUUCUCAGGAACAUUUGGCACCGAGAUUGUUUUUGAUUCCAACAUGGGCAGUACACGAUUCUUCAAAGUAGCAAAAGCUAAAUCCGAAGAGGGCCUGAUUGUUGUGAAAGUUUUUGUAAAACAUGAUCUUACUUUGCCUCUGGAAGUGCACAAGGAAACAGUGGAGACCAUCAAAAAGACACUCGCCAAUUCUGUAAAUUGUCUACCAUUUCAAAGAGUUGAGAUAACCGAUAAAGCGGCCUACAUCAUGAGAGAGUUCGUAAAACACAGUCUAUACGAUCGAGUCUCCACACGACCAUUCCUUACAACUCUUGAAAAGAAAUGGAUAACUUUCCAGAUCUUAUGCGCUUUGAAUCAAUGUCAUAAGCAAAAGAUUUGCCAUGGCGAUAUUAAGUUAGAAAAUAUCCUCAUCACAUCUUGGAACUGGAUUCUACUAUCAGACUUCGCUUCAUUCAAGCCUACUUACCUGCCAGAGGACAAUCCCGCGGAUUAUACAUACUUUUUUGACACAAGUCGUCGUCGAACUUGCUACAUCGCUCCGGAAAGAUUCGUUAAGACGAUGACAUCCGACGACGCAGAGGGAAAUAUAGCCCAGUCUAUACUGCCCACCAAUUCCCUGGUGGCAAUAGGAUCUCAAUAUUCAAAAAACACACUACCAGCGAUGGAUAUCUUCUCGGCGGGCUGUGCCCUACUUGAACUGUGGAGUGAAGGAACGGCUCCGUUUGAAUUCUCUCAGCUUUUGGCGUACCGUCGAGGAGAGCGCGAGUUAGUUGAGAAGCAUUUAUCGGGAAUCGAGAAUGAAAAUCUUCGCAAUCUGCUCGCAUCAAUGAUCAAUUUGAAUUCGAUUAAUCGUCGCAGCGCCGAAGACUAUCUCGACCAAGAACGUGGACGUUUGUUUCCCGAAUACUUCUAUUCCUUCCUGCAGUCGUACUUGCAAAUGUUCUCAUCCGCUCCCAUCAUGUCUCCCGAUGACAAAAUAAUGCGUUUGCAUUCCGACAUAACCCACUGCAUCAAAGUCCUAACCAACCGUCCACUGAGCAAUGAUGAUGAUGAUGACGAUACCGAAGCAGACGAGAAUCGACCGGCAGAUACUGAUUCGGAAUCAACAAAAAGUCCAUCCCAAGAGCAAGAUGGACUGAUUUUGAUCAUAACUGUUGUGACAUCUUGUAUCAGAGGUUUGCAAUAUUCCAACAGUAAGAUCUGUUGUUUGGAAAUAUUGCAAAAGCUCUCACAAUAUACAACUUCGGAGACUAUUCUUGACAGGAUUCUACCUUAUAUCUUACACUUGGCUCAAUUCUCAUCUGCCAAAGUUCAAGUUCAAGCUGUGGAAACUCUUACCACGUGUCUAGGAUUGGUCAAGGAAAUACCACGUAACGAUGCGAAUGUCUUUCCCGAAUAUAUUUUACCGUCAAUUGCUAAACUUUCUAGCGAACCUGCAGCGGUUGUUGUGCGUGUGGCCUUUGCAAAGAAUAUUUCUAAACUUGCAAAAAUUGCGAUAUAUUUUUUGGAGGAAACCCAAAGAAACACACCAAGUGAAAUGCCCUUCAGACGUUAUCAAGCCGAAUUGAAUGCAUUGCACGAAAUUAUUCAACAAACGGUCUUAAGUCUGCUUACAGAUUCAAAACCAAUAGUUAAGCAAACAUUAAUGGAGUCUGGAAUUUGUGAUUUGUGCGCGUUCUUUGGCAAAGAGAAAGCCAACGAUGUUGUGCUCUCGCACAUCAUGACAUUCCUCAACGAUGAAGAUAAAAAUCUUAGAGGAGCGUUCUACGAUAACAUUUCUGGUGUUGCGGGUUAUGUUGGAUGGCAAGCUUCUGAUAUUUUAGUUCCACUUCUCCAACAAGGAUUUACUGAUCGUGAAGAAUUCGUUAUUGCCAAAGCCAUUCGAGCUGUGACAAUUCUCAUUGAAUUGGGUCACAUUCGUAAGCCUGCUGUUACGGAAAUAAUUGCCGAAUCAGCUUGUUAUCUCUGCCAUCCAAACCUUUGGAUACGUCAUGAAGUCGCAGGAAUGAUAUCGACAACAGCAAAAAUCUUGCACGACAUUGAUGUGCAAUGUAAAAUUAUGCCAGCCAUCGAGAAAUUCCUGCGAAUGCCUUUGAUACAAGUUGAAAUGCCUGAGCUACUCUUGGACAGUUUACUUCCACCGGUUCCAAGAAUUAUCUAUGACAGUGUUGUUAAAUAUUCAGAUAUUCAAAAAUUCGUUGCAACUUUAGAAGAUCGUAAAGUUGUUCGAGAAAAUACCCCUGAGGGUAUGCUGCCACAAUACGAUGAAGUAGGUCCAUCUCUUAAGAACCUCUUUCGUCGUUUGAUCUCAGAAGGACUUAACGAGCAAAUCGAAAUGCAACUCCUCGAAAUGAAAGCCUACAUCCUCAAAGUAAAGCAUAAGCACUCGGAGCUCAAAGAACAAUCUCAAAACGGACGAAUUCGUCUAGAUCGAGAGGAUAUACUUUGCCAUGAUUAUCCUCUGAUUGAUAAAUCCUCAAAACUAGAUCCCAGAAAGAAAGGUCGUCAAGAUGGUGAUCUCAAUUCGAACUUGGAAUGGCAGCAUAUUUUCAACGAUGGACAUUCCACUGCAGCAUCACCUUCCGGCGAUUUGAAUGUUUCACCAGUUCAAGCAGGAAGUCCUUCUUCGGUCGGGCAGAUUCCCCCGACUGCAGCAGCUUCUCUUGGCGAAUAUACCAUUCCGGAACGAAAUCUUUGGACUGAGCGUCCAUCAGAAUGCCGAUUCGACGUGGAUAAGUUGCGAAAUAAAAUCAAAGGUCGAUACAAUGCCACACAAAGUUAUCAUUAUGAACGUAGUCAUUCCCCCUACCCCUCGGGUUGGCGCAUGAAUGGAACGAUCAUAGCCCAUUUGUACGAGCACCGUGGUUCGGUAAUCAAGAUGACCUCGUUGAAGCCCCAUGGAGCUAUAUUUGCCAGUGGGAGUAUAGAUGGAACCGUUCGGCUGUGGGACUGUAACAAACUCUAUGGCCAUCAUGGCAUACAUAAAUCCCGGCAAGUCCAUGUUGCCAACACGCCGAUCUACUCGCUUGCCGCCUGCGAUGGUGGUCAAUCUUUGGCGGUAGGAGGAAAAGAUGGAAGCUUAUCGAUCAUGAGAAUCGAUAGGAAUUCAUCAAAGAUGGCGCUGCAACAUGCGAUCCACACAGAUGAAAACGAGCACAACGAUGGCCCAGUUGUUGAUAUGCAAACCUACGAACAGUCCUCGCCAAGUGUUAUCAUCUAUGCGACUCUGUAUGGAGCGAUUGUCGCCUGGGAUACUCGCAUGCAAAACAGUGCUUGGCGCUUGCAGAACGAGCUGCGUCAUGGGGUAAUUACAGCAAUAUGCGCUGAUCCCACUGGGUCAUGGUUAGCAGCUGGUACUUCUGGAGGUAAACACAUUUGCUGGGAUCUGAGAUUCCAGCUGCCAAUUGCAGAAAUAAAGCAUCCGUCUGACUCUUGGAUCAGAAAAGUUGCAUGCCAUCCAACGGAGCCUUCAUGUUUGAUAUCAGCCACACAGUCGAAUAAUGAAGUGUCGAUUUGGAACAUUGAAACUGGUCACCGACAGACGGUCCUUUGGGCAAGUAAUGCACCAGUUUUGUCCAAUACGAGUUUGAAUGAUCCUUCAACGAGUUGUGGGAUAUUGGCUGGAGUUGUGGACAAGUCACCGUUUGUUUUGACUGGAAGUUCUGAUCAAAGAAUUCGUUAUUGGGAUUUGAUGUCGCCGAAAAACUCAGCAUUAAUUGUUCCAUCGGCCAAGGAUAAUUUAGCUGAUGUUUCAUUUACCUAUAGUUCCCGCCUAACCGAUGGUAGUCAAGUUAUAGAGGAAAACAUUAUUUCUUUGGCGACGACUGACUUGGGAUCUCUGCGAGCUUCAACUGAAGAAACACCACGAUCUGGACCAGAAAUGCCUUCGCAUAGUCAUCAUGAUGCAAUAACAGAUUUAUUGAUGUGCAAAAAUGAUAAACAACAAAUAUUCAUUGUAUCAGCUGCACGAGAUGGCGUUAUUAAGUUGUGGAAGUAAUUGGAUUUUAGUUUUUGGAAAUGUUUGUUUUGCAAUGAGUUUACAUUAUUUUAUGUAUCGUAUUGCAUUAGAAUGAUAAGAAUUUUAUUUAUGUAAUAUAUCUGUGAUUAUAAGGAAA